CCCCCGUCCCGCUGCCGGGGCCCCGUCGUGCCCGGCUUCCCUCUCGCGCUCCCCCGCGGGCUGGCAGGCGGCCCCUGCGGGCGCCUAAGCCGCAGCGGCGCCGCUCAUUGGCGGCGGGCGAGGGCGGGCGGCGUCAUCGCGCGGCGCCGCGGCGGGGAAGGCCCCGCCAUGCCGGGGGGUUGGGCCCCGCCCCGCCGUGCCGUGCGCCCGGGAGAUGUCGCGCCUUCCGGCCCGGAGGCUCGUGGCGGCGGUGAGGGGCGGGCGCGGCUGCUCAGUUUGCCAGUCAUGUGCCCUCCGAAGAUUUUCCAUCCAGCCUGCCCAGCAGAAGAAGAUUCCAAACCGGUAUUUGGGCCAGCCCAGCCCCUUCACACACCCACACCUUCUCAAACCAGGAGAGGUAACCCCAGGAUUGUCACAGGUAGAAUAUGCUCUUCGCCGACACAAACUGAUGGCAUUGAUCCAGAAGGAAGCCCAUGGCUGGAAUGGGUUGGACCACACAGUGAUUCUGCUAUCCAACCCCACGUACUACAUGACCAAUGACAUCCCCUACGUUUUCCACCAGGACACUAACUUCCUGUACCUCUGUGGGUUCCAGGAGCCUGACAGCAUCCUGGUGCUGCAGAGCAUUCCUGGCAAAGCUCUGCCCUCCCACAAAUCCAUCCUUUUCGUGCCCCGGAGAGAUCCAAGCCGAGAGCUGUGGGAUGGGCCCAGAUCAGGUACGGAUGGGGCAAUUGCUCUCACAGGAGUGGAUGAAGCUUACACCAUCGAGGAGUUCAGGCAUUUGGUGACCAAGCUGAAAGGUGAGUCAAACAUUGUUUGGUAUGACUUGACAAAACCAGUGCAUACAGACCUGCACUCUGACUACAUGGAGCCCCUGGCUGAGAUAAAAGCUCGGAACAAAAACCACAUCCAGGGCAUCAGACAUCUAGUGCAAAACCUUCGGCUGGUCAAAUCUCCUGCAGAGAUUGAAAGGAUGAAGAUAGCUGGACGGGUGACAGCAGAGGCCUUCAUAGAGACAAUGUUUGCCAGCAAAUCCCCAGUGGAUGAAGCCUUUCUGUAUGCAAAGUUUGAAUUCGAGUGCCGGGCUCGUGGUGCUGACAUCUUGGCCUACCCCCCUGUAGUUGCUGGUGGCAACAGAUCAAACACUUUGCACUAUGUGAAGAACAAUCAGCUCAUCAAGGAUGGUGAACUGGUCUUGCUAGAUGGUGGAUGUGAGUCUUCCUGCUAUGUAAGUGACAUCACACGUACCUGGCCUGUCAAUGGAAGGUUCACCAAACCCCAAGCAGAACUAUACCAGGCUGUCCUGGAUAUCCAGAAGUCCUGCCUGAGCCUCUGCUCCCCAGGCAUGAGUCUAGAAAACAUCUACAGCCUCAUGCUGAGCCUUAUUGGACAGAAACUGAAAGAGCUGGGGAUCCUAAAGAGCAGCAUCACUGAAAGCCACUUCUUCAAGGCUGUUCGAAAGUACUGUCCACAUCAUGUGGGCCAUUACUUGGGCAUGGAUGUUCAUGAUACCCCAGAUAUAUCUCGAUCACUCCCGCUCCAGCCAGGCAUGGUGAUAACCAUUGAACCAGGCAUUUAUAUCCCUGAGGAUGAUGUUAGUGCCCCGGAGAGGUUUCGUGGCAUUGGUGUGCGCAUUGAGGAUGAUGUUGUGAUAACAGAGGAUGCACCUCUCAUCUUGUCUGCUGACUGUCCCAAGGAGAUCUACCACAUUGAGCAGAUCUGUGGCCGCAGGUCAUGAUGCCUCUUCUCUGCCUCUUGCAUCCUCCUCAGGAGAUGCAGCCCUCCAGGGAUGCAGAUCCUUGUAGCUGGCUGUAGUUGUCAAGUGACAGAGCGUGUGAACAGUUGGUCUGGGAAGUGGAAUGCAAAAGGCUUGGGUGCUGAGGGAUGAAAAAGCAAAGCAAUCUUUUCUGUGUGCUUUUUCCUUCUGAUUUGAUUAGUGCUGAUGGUGAGCUGUUGUAGGACAUGGGGGUGGAUUCAUCCCUCUGCUGUGUGGAUCCAUCCAUUCUGGUGCCCUUGGAAGGAUGAGUUUCAUCAGUGCCACCAGUAGGACUUCUGCCUGCUCCCUCUCUACAUGCAUAGGUGCAACUGCUGAGGCCAGGGCCCUGUGUUUUCCCCAUUAGCAGUAGUCGCAGAACAGUCAAAUUUUUGAAAUUAAGCUUUGAUAAAUACUGUUUUGGGGGAAUAAAGUGUGUCAGACAGCUUUGAUUUUUACAGAGCCGUGGAAGGGGAGUGGCUUUGGUAGUCAGGAAAAUGGGUUCAAUGGGAAGGUAGUUUUAUUUGAAGCCUGUGGAGAACACUUUCAGUAUUUUAAGGACAGGAUAUGUUUGGACUUUGUUCAGGCAUAUGCAAUAUUGGCUAACAGCAGUGAAAAACGUCUUGUCUUUCAGCUUAUUGGAGUGUUUGGUAAUUUUAGAAAGGACAGAUAGGGCACAGGAGGUUGGACAUACCCAUUCUUUCCAUCUUCCAUUUUUUGUCCCAAAUGUCCACUCCAAUCUCCUGGUCUGAACCAACCUCUACCCUGACCCUGGGAAACAGAGCGGUGUUGGCUGUGCUGUACUCCACUGGUGAGCUGCUGGUUGUCACCUAGAUGUGAGGUGUCCAAUUCCAGGACAGUCACAGCACCUUUCUGGUUUAUACUGUAAGUGCCAGCAACUUCAGCACUGCAUUUUUGAAGAAUCUGCCCUAUGACAAGUCUCAAGUCUUUAUGUGGCUUUUAUUUGGAAUUUAAAGAAAUUCUCCUUUUCAAAACACUGAGGACAAGAUCACAGCUGCCUUUUGGGUUUUGCCAAGUGCAGCCAGUAACUAAUGCUCUGGGAUGAUAUUUUUGAAGCAGUUGCAAACCUGAUGAGGACUAGGAUGAAUGAGGAGUGAAGAAAAGAGUUGUCUUCCCUCAACAUCAGCCUACCACCCAGGCCAUUGUAUGCAGUAGUAAAUACAUCUAGUAGAGGUAAACACAGCAUCUGUGUAUUUACUGAAAAUAUUUUGACAAUCAGCUAUUCAACAUGUCUGAAAAAUGCCUCUCAUCUAUGCAUCUCCUGUUAUUUAUGCUUGCUGCUGCAUCAUAUCAUCUUACUUCCUUUUUAUGGUAGCUUUCAGUAUUUUUCAUCUGUUAUUCUCAAUUUUCUUUCUUUUUCUCUUCUCUUCCUGUAUUUUCUAUUUUUGACCCACUAUAAUAACACUACUUCCUUAUCCGUUUUUCUUUCUAAUCAACAUCUCUGCCUCUUCCCUGUUUGCCCUAAUUCCCCACAGUGAAUGUAGUCAGAAGCAUGGGGGGAAGGUUGUCAGGGUUCUUGAGUUCAACCUCUGGCUCUGUUGCUGUGUAACCUCAAGUGAAAUCUACUUUUUUUUUCCUCUCCCUUUCCCUCUCCCUCUCCCAUUUCAUUUCACUCAGUGAUGGCCAAAUGGACAGUGUGUCUUUCAUCUGUCACUGCUUCUCCUGGGAGCUGGGUGCAUGCAUAUGAUAAGUACAGUGCAAGUUGUUAGACGGAAGGCUUGUUAAGUGUGAACACACAACUAAUUAAUCCUUUAGAUGUUGUUCUGGCCUGUAACACAUUUGUUAUUCCAUUUACACUUGUUAGAGCCAUAUCAACUGGGACAAAUUUCAGAUUUUGGAACUAUGUAAACAGCUUAAAAUAACAUUAACCUGAGAGCUACAUGUGUGUGCUGAUCUGCACAUCUGCCCGUGUAUCUAACAGUGUUAAUAAUUGUACCUACUGUAAAUAAGCCUUCAAAAUAUAUAUUAAAAAGUUAUUUUCAAAAUAAAACAA